AUGGCGUCACGACAUGGAUCGCCGUGGGGGGCCGUCUCGGGCCGCGGAAAAAUCUGGAACCAGCGCCCCGGACUAGCCUUGGAGAUCAACAUCGUCGAAGCCGGAUCGACUCGCCCGGCCCCGUCGGUUUGGCAGCGUCGUGCCGAUUGGCGCCGACGUGGCCUUCCUCGAGGGCAUCCAGAACGCCCAGCAGGCGAGGCGGGCGUGCGACGCGCUGGCCCCCGUGCCGCUGCUGCUCAACAUGGUCGGGCGCGGCGCCUGGGGUCCAGGAUGAUCAUCUUUCCCUUCGCCGCGCUGGCCCCCGCGUACACGGCCAUCCGGGAGUCGCUUGCGCGCGUCAAGCACACGGCCGGCACCGGGCCCGCCCCCGACCUCCCCCCCCAGGCGGCUAUUUAG